GUUUGACUGGCAAGUUGUUUGUUACAUUGAAACAGCAGCCGCUUUUUCUGGGCUCUGAAGCUCUCCCUUCUCCUUCCAGCUUCAGCUGUUCUUUUCUCCCCUCCUCUUUUUUUUCUUUCUUUCUUUUUUUUUGUUGGCUUUGCUUCUUUCUUUUCUCUCCCUCCAUCAGCGCCACUUCUUCUUUAGUUAGCAAAAUCUUCCCUCUCUCCCCACCCCUGCAACCCACCGCCUUGUUAAUUCCAUGACAAAUAAUAAUAUCUUCUUCUUCUUCCAUCCCUUUUUCAAAGUCAUUAUUUUCCUCCUCCUCCUCCACUCUCUGCCUGCGUUGGAGACGUAAAAGGAAGAGGGUGGGAAAAUACCCCUUUCGGACAAAGAGGAAGACACCCCCCAUCCUCCUCCUCUUGCUCCUGCUCCUCCCCACCCCCCGAAACCUCCCGGGCAACAAACAAGAGGCUACCAAAACUGAUGAACUACAAAUGAAAAAGAGGAAAAGAUGGAAUUGCACAUUUUAGAGCACCGACUAAAAGUAGCUAGUGUCGCCAAGGAGAGAAUCCAGUUGUUUACCUACGGGCUGAUCAAGCUAGCUUUUCUCUCCUCCAAGACCAGGUGCAAGUUCUUCAGUUUAACAGAGACGCCAGAGGACUAUACCAUCAUAGUGGAUGAAGAAGGCUUUCUAGAGCUCCCUUCCUCAGAACACCUGAGUGUGGCAGAUGCGACGUGGUUGGCGCUCAACGUGGUUUCCGGAGGAGGCAGUUUCUCCAGCUCCCAGCCCAUCGGCGUGACCAAGAUUGCCAAAUCAGUGAUAGCUCCGUUGGCUGAUCAGAACAUCUCAGUAUUCAUGCUCUCCACUUAUCAGACAGACUUCAUCCUGAUACGUGAGCGAGACCUGCCCUUUGUGACGCACACGCUGGCUUCUGAAUUCACCAUCCUCAGGGUCGUGAACGGGGAGGCGGUGGCGGCCGACAGCCUCGGGAUAACAAACGGAUUUAUGAAACCAAAACUGGUUCAGAGGCCUGUCAUCCACCCACUUUCCAGCCCAAGUAACAUGUUCUGUGUCACCAGCCUGGACCCAGAUACCCUCCCCUCGGUUGCUACACUCCUUAUGGAUGUCAUGUUUUACUCCAAUGGAGUAAAAGAUUUUAUGGUGGGCAAUGAAGAUUCUGGACACAUUCGCUUUUUCUCAUUCUCCCUCAUUGAGGGUUACAUUUCUUUGGUGAUGGAUGUACAGACGCAGAAAAGGUUUCCUAAUAAUUUGUUGUUUACAAGUGCAUCGGGAGAACUCUGGAAGAUGGUCCGGAUUGGAGGGCAGCCUCUUGGAUUUGAUGAAUGUGGAAUUGUGGCACAGAUUUCUGAACCGUUGGCGGCAGCUGACAUCCCAGCCUAUUACAUCAGUACGUUUAAGUUUGAUCAUGCACUGGUACCAGAAGAAAAUAUCAAUGGUGUUAUCAAUGCACUUCAAGUGAGUCAAGCUGAAAAGCACUAGGAAUCCUUUGGAGCGGGACUAAGAGUGCAUUUUCUGUCAAAAAUUCUUCUCAGUAUUUUCUUGGAGCAAGGAGAGAGAGAGAAAAAGUGGUUUGUUUGUUUUUUACUCCAAAGAGAGCCUGGGAAAAGAAGCCGUUGCCACAUGUGAAGAAAAUAAGAAACAAAAGACUGCUUGAGGGGCAUAAAUAACUCCUGAUAGCUUUUUU